GAUUGAAGCAUAUGCACAGUUUCAACCCCCCAUAUGCACAUAAUGAUGUCAAACCAGGUAAUGUACACAUCGCAAACAGAAAAGGGCAAUCACCUCUUGCCAUAUUGAUGGAUUUUGGAAGUGCUCGGCCUGCAAGGAAACAAAUCCGCUCUCGUUCAGAGGCACUACAGUUGCAGGAAUGGGCAGCUGAGCAUUGUUCUGCACCAUUUCGAGCUCCUGAGUUUUGGGACUGCCCAAGCCAUUCAGAUAUUGAUGAGAGAACAGAUGUCUGGUCGCUGGGAUGUACACUAUAUGCAAUAAUGUAUGGGGUGUCACCUUUUGAAUAUGCAAUUGAUGAAUCUGAAGGAAGCCUACAGUUGGCCAUUGUAAAUGCGGAGAUAAAAUGGCCAACUGCUCCAACCCCCUCAUAUCCCGAACUUCUUCGUAAGUUUGUUACAUGGAUGCUCCAACCCCAGCCAACCGUCCGACCUCGAAUUGAUGAUAUCAUUAUUCAUGUUGAUAAGUUGAUCUCAAAGUACUCCUGAGCUAGAUGUUGGGACACCAUAUCAAUCUGUAGUUUUGAAAGAGAAGAGAAGCAAGCAGCACAUCCAUCAGUGGAUUUGAUUGGGUUAUUGAUGCAAGUUACUGGGCGACUUCUACUGCAGCUACCAUAUGAAAAUUUCAUGUGGCCCAUGCCAGUUAUAACACUUUGUUAUCUGUGCUUAGACACCAAAUUAUAGUUUUAUUAGUUACAGUUGAAUGUGCAUUGAUUCAAUUUAUUUCUUGUGUAUCAAUACAAUCUCUUUCCCUAUGCA